AUGAACACCAUCCAUAACAACAGUACCGCUGCUGUCAACCCUCUCCAGCAACUGCCCAAAAGCGCACUCGAGACUGCGGAUAUGGCCGUGUAUUGUGACAAUUUUAGUGUUUACCACCAACAGAACCUACCUGCGGCGCAGAGACCAGCAGGAUACGGCCUAGGCGACUACACGCCGACCCCGAACCCAUACUUGUGGCUUAAUGGACCUGGUGUCAACGCAUCUUCUUCGUACAUUCACGCAAACAACAGCGCAUCAUUCAUCCCUCCAUCGUACGGCCCUCAAAGGCAAUAUCUGGCAAACUCCACCGGAUUCGCCGGUCCGGAUCUGGGCUGGUUCUCCAUCGCGAGCCAAGAGGAACUUUUGAAGCUCGUGCGUCCGCCUUACUCAUACUCUGCACUGAUAGCCAUGGCGAUACAGAACACGCACGAGAAAAAGUUAACUUUGAGUCAAAUCUAUCAGUAUGUGGCAGAUAACUUUCCGUUUUAUAAGAAGAGUAAAGCGGGAUGGCAAAACUCCAUCAGGCACAACCUUUCAUUAAAUGAUUGCUUUAAAAAAGUGCCGCGCGACGAAGACGACCCAGGAAAAGGAAAUUAUUGGACUCUAGACCCCAACUGUGAAAAGAUGUUUGACAACGGAAACUUUCGUAGGAAAAGGAAGCGCAGAACAGAAUCCAGUACAGGUGUUGCCAACAUUACAAAACCAGAGGAUGACCGACAGUUUACAGGAAUGAAACCCACAGAGAGCAGUCACCUCUCAGGACCCGCAUCUCCUGAGAUCGAUGCGGCAAAUGAAAGCCACAAAGGCUCAUCUCCUACAGGCAUUAUGAGCUCUCCGUGCUUCAAUAAUUUCUUCAACAGUAUGUCUGCUCUAAGCUCUUCUUCAACGCCCACGGCCAGACAAGGCUCUCUGGGUCUGGUAAAUGAACUUUCUAGCCGAAAUAUUAGUACACUGAGCCAGUACCCUGCAAGCUCUGCACCUGACGCAGGUGGACCAAGUGAUCUCCAAGACAGUGUCCAGGUUAACCGUGGAAUGUACUAUAACUCUUUUACUGGUAGCCAGAGCGCGCAGUUCAGUGGACAUUUCUACAAUAGCUUCAGUGUUAACAGUCUUAUUUACCCUCGAGACGGGACUGAUUUAUAA